AUGGCCACCACGUCUGCAGAAGUGACUAUUCAACCAACUGUGGAAGAGGCUUCUGACAACUGCACUCAAGAAUGUCUCAUCCUAGGCCACUCUGAUGCCUGCUGGAUGCCAGCUUCUCUGACCCAUUCCAGCUCUUCACAAGCACAGGUCUCUUCUCUACGCCACAGCCCACCUCUGAUACAAGCCUCUGCUCACCACCACAGCCCUCCAGUGACACAAACCAUUGCUCUUUGCCAUAGCCCUCCAGUGACCCGGGCUAUCACACUGUGCCACAGCCCUCCACCAGCACAGGCCUCUUCUCUCCACCACAGUCCUCCUCUAUCACAGGCUACUGCACUUCAUCACAGCUCACCAUCAGCACAAGCCUCAGCCCUCUGCUACAGCCCUCCUUUGGCACAGGCUGCUCCAACCCACCGCACCCCUCCUAUGCCACGAAUUGCUGCCCUCCAUCACAGCCCUGCACAGCCACCAAUUGGUUUGCAGCAGAAUUGGGUUCAAGGUGCUGGACCUGAUGGGCUACGUUCUUUUGAUCAGGGAGGGCAAGGUAGUGCAAGAUCUCAGUUUUACACCAUGUCUGAAGGACUUCUUCCCAGUGAUGAUUCAAUUAAAGUUAUUCCUCUGACCACCUUUACUCCAGGCCAACAAGCCAGACCCCCUAGGGGUGAUUCCCCCAUUAUGGACGAACAUCCCUUAUAA